CGGCGCCGGCCCUAAAGGCGGAGUCGGGAGGCUUAGGAGCCAGAGCUGUGAGCGCGUUGCUGACUGCCGCGACAGAGAAAGCCAGUCGGAGCCCGGACCCCGAGGAGCCCCCUCGCCCCGGCUCGGCCUGGUCAGGCCUCGCGCAAUGGAGUUUUUCUGGGCCCCUCUCUUGGGUCUCUGCUGCAGUCUGGCCGCUGCUGAUCGCCACACCGUCUUCUGGAACAGUUCAAACCCCAAGUUCUGGAGUGAUGACUACACAGUGUAUGUACAGCUGAACGACUACCUGGACAUCAUCUGUCCACAUUACGAGGACGACUCUGUGGCAGAUGCUGCCAUGGAGCGGUACACGCUAUACUUGGUGGAGUACGAGGAGUACCAGCUGUGCCAGCCCCAAUCCAAGGACCAGGUCCGCUGGCAGUGCACCCAGCCCAGUGCCAGGCAUGGCCCAGAGAAGCUGUCUGAGAAGUUCCAGCGUUUCACACCCUUCACCCUGGGCAAGGAGUUCAAAGAGGGCCGCAGCUACUACUACAUCUCUAAGCCUAUCCACCACCAAGAAGAGCAGUGCUUGAGGUUAAAGGUGACGGUCAAUGGCAAAACCACUCACAGUCCUCAGGCCCAUGCCAAUCCACAGGAGAAGAGACUUCCAGCAGACGACCCGGAGGUGCAGGUGCUACACAGCAUCGGUGACAGUGCUGCCCCCCACCUCUCUCCACUUGCCUGGGCUGUGCUGCUCCUGCCAUUUCUGCUGCUGCAAACGCCGUGA